CUCAUGACCAAGUACCUCAGACACCAGCUCAUCAACCACAAUUACAAUACCACAAAUAAACCCAUAGCCAGCCAGGCGAAAAACCAAAACGCACGCGAUCAAUCUGCUCCACAACCGCAAUUGAUAAGUUAACGCAGGGCCCCCCUCCCUGUCAUCAGCUCAACUUCAACCUCCCCAGCACAUUCCCAUCAGAACAGAAUCAUGGACCUGCCCUUCCGCCCCAAACCCCCAGGCCCAGUCCCAGUGACAGAUUGGGAUCCCACUCAAUUCUUCCGCGAAGAAUCAUCAUCAUCAUCAUCAUCCUCAUCAUCAUCCACUCGACCUUCCCCGUAUGCUCUGCUGGUCCUCAACCAUCCAAUCAACGAAAAAGCCUAUGAUGUGCUACAGCGACAUGCAAGCAUCAUCGUCUGCGCCGACGGCGGCGCAAACCGCUUUUACGAGAUGAUGAAAGCCCGCGGGAGUGAGUUCACAGAGUUCCCAACCGUCAUAAUCGGCGACCUCGACUCCAUCCACCCCGACAUCCGCACCCAUUACGAAUCCAUAGGGGUUCCCGUUAUACAGCAUAUUGACGAUUACAGCACCGACUUUCAUAAAAGUUUGCAGUAUAUUCGGAAGCAUACGAAGACGAUUUUAGCUGCUGAUGCCAAUACUACUCCUCCUACUACUACUAGCACAGGGCAAGCAGCACCAGCGACAGCACCAGCGACAGCACCAGCACCAGCACCAGCACCAGCAAUAGUAGCAACCACCACUAAUACAGAAGCUAAAACCCCACCCCACCUCGAAAUCCUCGUCCUCGGCGGCCUAGGCGGCCGAGUUGACCAAGCCUUCUCCCAAAUCCACCAUCUCUUUUACAUGACGCAGGAGCUCCGAGCUACUUCUCCGGCUUCUGAGCAGUCCCAUCAGCAAGAAACCCAAGCAGGGAAAGCGGGGGGAGGGAACCUUUACCUCAUCUCGGAAGAGAGCAUCACGUUCGUCCUGCAGCCGGGCCGGAAUAUCGUGCGUACCCCGGGGGUGAAUCGGCCAGAUGCUAUGGAACCGAAGGUGGGGAACGGGGGCAGUAGCCUAAUUGGUACCACUACUUCUUCCGCAGCAGCAGCAGCAGCAGGAACAGGAGCAACGCGCCACCUUCUUGAGGAAAAUGUUGGGAUUAUUCCCCUGCUAGGCCCCGCGAGGAUCACUACCACGGGGUUUCAGUGGGAUGUCACGGAUUGGAAGACGGAGAUUGGGGGCCAGUUGAGCACGAGCAAUCAUAUUCGGGCAGAGAGGGUGGAGGUCGAGACGCGGAUGCCGCUUUUGUUGACGUUGGAGUUGGCGGAGCGGUUCAAGAAGAAAUGAUUUCCCCCUGAUUUGCGGAUGGAACAAGGGAUCGGGAAGUAUGGCUUUGUCUUCAUUGCAGUCCAUCGUAUAUCAGGUAUAGAUGACAUAGAUAGCUAAAUUUGUUAGUUACAUGGUAAUUCCGAG